AUGCUAUCUCGUUGGUCGAUCCUAUGUCUGCUAGGAGCCACUAUCGCUGUCAAGGCUAAGCAGGAACCAAUUCACCUGGAGGAUGCAUACAAGGUCCUUUCUCAUCCUUCGCUGCCAGCGCAUACGCUCCGUUUGCGCCGCGUACCGGGCUAUGUGUGUGGCAACCGGACAUCUUGGUCAGGAUACCUGGAUGUGGAUCUCGACAAACUGGAAGAGAUCGAGGGUGGCUUGGGCUCGACCAAGGAGGGGUACAAUCACUCCGGCGUCGUCGAGCACUUCUACUUCUGGGGCUUCGAGUCGCGCCAUGAACCAGAAAAAAAUCCUCUAACGCUCUGGCUCACAGGGGGGCCAGGAUGCUCGUCAAUGACGGGUCUGCUUCAAGAGUUGGGCCCAUGUCUGGCGACCAAGGACUCGGGCCAUGGCAAGAUCUCGACCAAGGCAAACCCCUAUUCUUGGGUGCAGAAGUCCAACCUCAUCUUUUUAGACCAGCCUAUUGGCGUCGGAUUUUCGUACGCUUCGUGGAAAAAUGGCACGCGAACCAAGAAAAAGUCACCAGCGACGCGAGUAUUCUCGUCUCAGCAGAGUGCCCGUGACCUCAGUGCCUUUAUGCACUUGCUUGCUACGCACAACGACGGUCCGUUUGGUUCUUACAAAAACGACUCAUCUGUCCACCUUCGUGACUUCCACGUCGCUGGCGAGUCGUACGCUGGCCGUUACAUUCCUCUCAUGGUCGACCAGAUCUUGACGGACAAUGCACUCUACGAAAAGAAUCCUGAACAAGGUCUCAAACCACUGCCAGUGCAGUCAAUGCUGAUCGGCAAUGGUAUGACGUCGCCCAAGCAUUUGUACCAGGCCUACUAUGAUUAUGCAUGCACGAAAAAAUCGGGUCACAAGCCCUUCCUGGCCAAGUCCACUUGCCGCGAGAUGAAGAAGCAUCUGCCUACAUGUCUGGCCAAAGUCGACAAGUGCAAUAAAAAGUACAAUCGCCAAUUUUGUCGCGAGACCCAAUUUUUCUGUGAUGAAAAACUGAACGAUCCCUGGAUGGGAACGGACAAGUCCCCCUUUGACUACACACAUCCUGACUACUACCCUGAGGACGAAUAUAUCGAGUCGUUUCUCAAUGACAAGGUUACACGUCGAGUACUUGGCAUCGAUGAUUACGACUUUGGCGACAAGGACGAUGGAACGUUUGUGGGUUGCUCGGACCGUGUGUACUGGGACUAUUAUUCCACCGGAGAUGGCGUGCUUGACAGCACAUGGGCCGUGAAGCGUGCUCUGGAGGAAGGCGUCCGAGUGCUUGCCUACUCAGGUCGCCGUGAUUUUCAGUGCAACUGGCUGGGCAAUGCUGCGUGGAUCGAGGAGCUACAGUGGUCGGGUCACGACGGCUAUGCCAAGGCCAAAAUGCAUGACUGGUACGCCAAGAAGGGUGACAAAGAACGUGCAGGCCAGUUUCGUCACUAUGGUGGCCUGACCUUUGCGACGUUGGACCAUGCCGGUCAUCUUGUGCCCUUCGAUGACCGAGAGGCGUCGCUGGUCAUGUUUGACCGUUGGCUCAACCCCAUGACCGAAUCUGGUCGUCUCGAUUCAUCAUUUACAUAG